UGGACUCCAGAUCGGUGUUUGUCUUAUUAUGGAUGUUGCUGUCAUCCAUGUCCUCUGGAAUCAAAUUAGAUGGAAAUGGUUAUGUUGACAUUAUAAUCGCAAUCGGUUCAAAAGUUCCACAGGAUGACAGACUUAUUGAUAAAAUCAAGGAAAUGGUCACUGAAGGGUCGGUUUAUCUUUAUGAUGCAUUGGAUAAAAAGGUCUAUUUCAAAGAAGCUACAAUACUAGUCCCAUCGCACUGGAGCAGUAAGAAUGUUACCAAAGCAAGAACAGAGUCCUUUGAUAAAGCAAAAAUAAGAAUUGAUCAUGCUAAUUCAACAUACGGUGAUCAGCCCUAUACUAAACAGUAUGGAGAAUGUGGAACUAUGGCAGAAUACAUUCAUUUCACCCCAGAAUACCUCCUGAAGGACAUAGUCAUCCAGCUUUACGGAUUAAGAGGAAGGGUCUUUGUGCAUGAAUGGGCUCAUUUGAGAUGGGGCGUGUAUGAUGAAAACAGUGAAAAAAAUCCUUUCUACCUCUCUAAUGGCCGCAUUGAAGCCACAAGGUGUAGCAAGAAUAUUGAAGGUCAGUUUUAUGAGGAGAUCGCUGGAGGAUCUCUUCAACCAUGCCGUAUAGAUCCACAAACUUCACUACCAACCGAUAAGUGCAAGUUUUUUCCAAAACGAAAUCAGAACACAAACAGCUCCUUAAUGUUCCUACCAAGCCUGGGUUCUAGAUGCACUUCAAGCUCUAAAACCACUGCAGUCCCCUCCACCGCCACCAUCUUUCAAAGUUGUGCAGAGAGCACAGCGGGUCGUUUGUCUCAUCCUUGA